AUGAGUGACGACAGGGAUAGACGGCGAUCCCGUCGCAACCACAGCCACGAGGUCCGGGCCCCCAAUGUCAAGCCCCGCGUGGAAAACCGCCGCCCGGCCAGAGUCACGAGGUCCAGGAGCACCGACUCCGAGAGGGGUCGACGGCAGGAACGGCGCUCCGGCGAGCCUUCCCAGCCUCGCCGCCAAAACCGCAACCGGCGCGGAAGGAGUGCCGACGCAGCCGAGCGGCGCCGGAAGCCGGAGGAGAACCGUCCCGUCGCCGAUGAUGGCGAAGAGCCCGAGUGUGCAAUCUGUUUCUGCUCCUACGACAACAUCUUUAAAACGCCAAAGCUGCUAGCGUGCGGGCACACCUUCUGCCUGGAGUGCUUGGCGAGGAUCAACGUGACCGCGCCCCAGCUCAAGACGCUGUCGUGCCCCGUGUGCCGCGAGCUCACCGACAUCCCGCACGGGCAGGACCUGCCCCGCCUGGACAACAACCAGGACAUCAUCGGCAGGCUGCCGCCCGAAAUGCGCCGCGCCAGGUCGGUCCGAUUCAAACGCAGCAAGGGGAAGCUCCUCCUGAAGAACCCUGAGCCCGGCGCCGCCGCCCUCACAUUGCCGCGAAAGAGUCAAGCGCCGCCGGCUGAUACGCUGGGUCUCCGCGACGUGGAGAAUGGCGCCCAGCCCGCCACCAUGGUGGAUGUGGGGCGCCCGCCCAACAGGGUGCGCGGGCGCAUCCGACGUUUUUUUCGCUCCGACCGUUGCUACUACAUCACCGUGGCGUCCAUCGUUACCAUUGCCUUGGUGCUCUUGCUGGUGGGAAUCCUUGCCUUUGUCAUCGUGCCCAAUACUGCCCCUCCUAGGCCCCCGCCGGGGAAUCGUACGGGGCGUGCGCCAACAACGCAGCAUGUUUCCACAAUAGGACUGCGAUGA